AUGGUGACGACGUCUUCUUGGACGACGAAAAAAGGCAGUAAAAGUUGCGCGAUGUUGUUGUUCGCGAACGCGGAACGAGGAGGAGGAAAAGAAACAGCGGCGAGCACGACGAGAGGAGCGAGGAAACAACGUUUCGGAUCUUCGUCUGUGUCCUCCAAAACGCCUCCUUCGUCUCCUCCGCCGCCGGACAGGUAUAAGUAUUUGAACAGGCGGGAAGAACGGUUCGAUUUGGAUUUCGAGUCGGACGCGUCGUUAAAAUCGUCCGCGACGGCACAAAACGCGCUGAUACACGGUGGGAUAACGUGUAACGGGAAAGUGAAACCGUACGCUUGGAAUCGAGCGGCGAAGAUAGAGGACGAGGUGCCGGGAGACGUGACGACGAUCGGAGGGUCGUGUCACGCGGGAUACGCGGACGGUUACGGCGCGGUGUCGAGAUUUUCAGGUCCGUUGUACGUAGCGGCGACGGAGGAUAAGGUUUUCGUGAUUGAUGGGAAGAAUAGGAAAGUGAGAGCGAUUGAUAUCGCGAAAAUGACGAAACACGCGGUGAGGACGAUAGAAUUCAAGUUUGUCGGGGAGAGAGACGAAGAAGAAAGAGAACAAACGCAAAAGAAGAAGAAUGGGAAGAAAAACAGUAGAUAUAAUAACGAAAUCAUUCGAAUUCCGGGACCGAUUACCGCGACUUCGGAUGGGCAGACGAUAUUUAUCGUGGAUAAACUCGACGAGAGCAUCUACCGCGUAGCGGGACACCGAGGCACGUUGUACGAAGCAAACACGAGAGAUUUAUCCGAGGAGCAAAUCGCUCGGAAUAAUCGAGAGAGGAAUUAUUUCGGGACUAGAAAGAAUAGCGACGGUAGUGGUAGUGAUAGUGGUGGUAGUAGUAGUAACAACGAAUACGUGGCGGCAACGUUAGAGACAACUAAAGUGCUCCAGAACGGGUUAGGUGUGAGAGACGUGAGCGGCAUCGCGGUCCAUGCUGACGUGUCGACGCAUAAAUUAAAGGGCGUAUACUUUGCGUGUAAAAAGCGAAACGCAGUUUUCGCGUUGGUGAGCAACCACAACAAAGGAUCCUCCGAGUACGAGUUGACCGAGGAAUGGAUCACCGGGGAAGGCGGGGACGACACCAACGACGAGAACUUUUCGCACAAAGGGAACGUGAACAGUUACUCCAAAGGUGGAUUUCGAGACAGCGAAGACAAAUCGAAAGUUUUAUUUAACGAACCGAGCGGGAUCGCGCCUUCGCCGGACGGGAAGAUUUUGUAUGUCGCGGAUACGAGGAAUAAUCGCAUUCGUGCCGUAGUCAUAGCUACCGGGGAAACGUACACGAUUGCCGGUAACGGGAAAUCGAAAACGAUCGAUUGUCAUCGAUCCGGAAGUAGCGCGAACAUCGGGUACGGGAACAGUAAUCGACGAUACACCGGCACCGGAAAGAACCAAUGGAGUACGAAGAGCUUAGAAUUAGACGAGUGCGCGUUUGACCACCCGGUAGGGAUUUCUGUUCACCCGGACGGGUUGUAUCUAUUCGUUUCAGAGUUACACGGACAAACUAUUCGGGUCGUGAGUUUAUCUAAAGUGCAAGAGGAAAGCGCUUCAUCCGCCGCCUCUACCACCACCACGAAAUGGACGGAUCAUUCCGCGCAUUACCGCAUCGAAGCAACACGAGUCUCCACGCUUGUCACCAACGAUGGAUGUAAGAUAGCCAGUCAGUUAGCGUCCACAUCCAUGGGUUUUGGCAUCAAAAAUACUUUCCCGGACGGGUACGGAUUCCGAGCGUGUCUUGGUGCGCCGAACGACAUUGCCUUAGCGCCUUUAGGCGGCUCGUUAUUUGUCGUGGAUUCCUUCGCAUCGCGCGUGAGACGAGUAUCGGCGUUGACGCCUCGAGAGAAACACCUCGCGGAUCGUAUAAAACGGAGAGAAAAGGAAGAUGCGGAUCCUUUGAGAUAUCCCAAAGGCCAAGCCGUCGGGUGGUUGCGAUUGAAGAAACCGGCAAAAGGAUCGUCGUCGGCGUAUCCGAUCUAUCCGUCUAGAUAUUUCACCGUCUUGUGCGAAUUCGAUCAAGAAAUAACCGAGGAAUCUGGGUUUGAUAUCCGAACCGCCAUUCGAACCAGUAACGCGUUCGUCAUACGAGUCAACCAAGAACCAACGUCGGAGGAUUGUUUCGUCGACGACGACGAUUUAGACCGCGACGUUAGUUUUCACAACGAUAACAUCAAGUGCGGACCAACUUAUAGCAUCACUUUGAAAGCGCACGAGCCUCACAGGAAAGUCGAGAUUGGUUUGACUUCUAAAAUCAUGAAGCUUUCGCCCGGGAACGGCGCGAACGUCCACGGCGGAUGGCGUUCGGAACCGAAAAUCAUGGUGACUGUUCCCAUCGGUGGCGAGCGCGAAGAUUUAGAGUUUUGGAGGUAUCUUUUAUAUUUCCCCUUACGCGCGGUAUCAGGCGUGAUUAACUUUGCGUUCUUUUGCUUGCUAGGCGCGCUUUCCUUGGUUGCUUUGAGCGUCAUGGCGCGACGACAAGACCAGUUUCCGAGAGUCAAACGUCUCGUGAAUAAAAAAUGGUUUCCAAAGCCGCCGAAAAUUUCCGUGGACGCGUUCGAGAAGGGUAUUGAAAAAGUAUUUGGCGUGAAAUCACUUUUAGAUUUGCGAGGGAAAGCGAAUUAG